GGGGACGAAGAGGACGAAAGGAGAUUUUGUAGUGUAAUAAUAAUGGAAGACGUGAGGGAGGCUGAUUCAGGAUUGAAACAACAGUGACGAAAGCGGCUACGUUUGACCUCACACAUUUUAACUGUAGCUUUCCUCUUUCCAAUUGAUUUCUUCUCUCUCAAAGGAAAGCAAAGAAGCGACCGGGAAAGAUAGAGAGAUGAAGAGACCAGCAGAAGAAGUCAAAAGAGAUGAUGGGUUCCCUACAACAGAGAUUAGGGCUGCCGCAGAGGAGCUCUCUGUAGCAGUGAAGCAGGAGGACCACAACCCCUCCACACUCCUCUUCCUCGCUCCUUCCAAGUCUCUCCUCCAUAUCCUCGAUAAGAUUGGGCCAACAAUGGCGGUACUGAGGCAAGAUGUCAAGAGAAAUAUAGAGAGAUUGGAGAAGCUAUAUUUAAUGGAUCCAUCACGUUAUUCGAGUCUGGGUGAGAUAUUGAAGAAAGAAAUGGAAGAUGGGACUGCAAGAAAGCGAGAAAGCUGCUCCAGAGCUAUACUAUGGCUAACCAGGUCAAUGAAUUUUAGCCUGGCGCUGCUGCAGUUCCUUGAGAAGGAACCUGAGUGGGGACUGGACCAAAUAGUGGAGGAAUCUUACCAGUCCACAUUGAAGCCAUGGCAUGGCUGGAUCUCCUCCGCUGCUUACAAAGUAGCUUUGAAGCUGAUACCAGAAAAAGAAGAACUCACCAGCUUCCUGAUGGGCAGCGGGCAAGACAGCAACAGUUUGAGAGAUGAUAUCCACAUGUUGACCUCAUUGCUCAGGCCUUUCUUAGACGAAAUUAAUGUUCUUUUGAGAAAGUUCCGGUUGGACAAGAUAAAGUCUACCUAAGAAGUUCUUCAAUGCUGUACAUACUUGUAGAUACUGUACACAUGUAUGUGACACAGAAUCAAGAAAAAGCUCAUGUUAAAUAUGUAAGGAAUUCACAGUUUUGAGGUUUGGUGGAAAUAUAUUGCAGGGUUGUAUAGAUGCUUAAAAUGAUAUUGUAAAAUUCGGGUAAUAAUGUAUCAACUUCAAUAUAUUGUGUUUAUGUGUGACUACUAA